CCCGAGUGCCUGAACAAAGUUCCCAGAGCUAUUCCAGCUACUUUGGCAGCAAUUAUGAGUCCUAUGGAAAUGGAUAUGGAUGCAAAUAACCACAAUUACGUCACACUCCGCAACCAAAACCUCGUCCAUCAAUCAGGCGUCUGUCCAUCUACUCCUCCUGCUACAUUUCAUAGUCGACAGCCUCUUGUAAAGAUGCCUUGA